AUGCCUCCACCAUCAGCUCUCACUAUCCCCGCAGUCACGAAGCACACUGCAACUGUCAUCAUGGCUCAUGGUCUUGGUGAUAGUGGUGCUGGAUGGGUUUCGCUCGCAGAGAACUGGCGUCGUCGCCAAAAGUUUCAAGAAGUCAAAUUCAUAUUUCCAAAUGCGCCUACUAUCCCCAUCUCAGUCAACUUUGGCAUGACCAUGCCAGGUUGGUAUGAUAUCGUAAGACGCACUAAUUCCACAACCUUUAGUGACCUCCAGGCUGAGCAAGAUGAAGCUGGAAUUCGACGCUCCCAGGCUUACUUCCACUCGCUCAUCAAAUCCGAAAUAGAAGAUAGCAAGAUUCCAUCCAACCGCAUUGUGCUCGGCGGUUUCUCCCAAGGAGGCGCAAUGUCUAUUUUCUCCGGCAUUACAUGUCCAACACAACUCGGAGGUAUCUUUGGUAUGAGUUGUUAUCUGUUACUACGUAACAAGCUUCGAGAAAUUUUGGGCCCAGAUGGAGGCUCCAACAAGCAGACCAAGAUCUGGAUGGGCCACGGAGAUUCUGAUCCUCUCGUUAAACCAGAUUGGGGUAUCAAGACGGCAGAGGUGCUACGUGAUGACGGCUAUGAUGUUGAGUUGGUGAUGUAUCCAGGUCUCGAGCAUUCAGCCGAUGUAUCGGAGAUUGAGGAUCUUGAACAGUACCUCGUUGGUAGAAUUCCACCAAUUGGGGAUAAAGAGAGUCUAAACAUAAUGUCACAACCUCAAGCACUUGCAUUUGACACAGCUGCAGUGAUAUACAUUAAAGCCCUCCGGAAGAAAAAUAUAACUAUUCGCCGCAAUAAAUGGAGAGCCGACCCUGGUUUUAAUCGUGAUAAUCACGAAUUCGAAGGGCACGUUGCAAGCGGUGGAUUUGGUGUUGUUCUAAAGGUCAUUAAUUCAGAAACGAAAAAGCCCUACGCCUUGAAGCUCCAGUGGAACCUGGGCAAAUUCGAAUUGGAGUUUCCAGAGGGUGCUCUUAUACCACCUCUCACGCCCAGCAGCGAAGCCACCAAGAGCUCUUCUCAAUCGGUGGAAAGACUAAGUCUCCGCGCUAAGCGAGAUUCAGAAACGCGAAUCUAUCUCCGCUUCAUCAGAGGUGGACAUCCGCACAUAUGCAAUCUCGAAGCAUUUGUUCAAUACGUACCUGAAUACGGUUAUGACAAACCUGUCAUGGGCUCUAUUUCGAAUAUUGCGAUGCUGGUCUUUUAUGAAUUGGUUAGCGCAGUUGCGUUUCUGCAUAAUGAACAUCCGGAUUAUAAUACGACGAGUGAACAUCAGGGACGCGAUGUGAUUUUUCAAAAUGAUAUGCAAUCUGGGAAUGUAUUUCUGCAAUGGGGACCGGACAGAGAAAAUGGAUACCCCCACGUGAAGAUUGGGGAUUUUGGGGUCGCGUUCACAGAGCCUCCAGGGGGUCAUAUUCCCAAUCUGGAGGAAUAUGAUGAGCCUAAUUCGGAGGAUGAAGAAUGGGAACCGCACGAUCGGAAAAAGAAGGGGGAGGUUUGGUGGUUGACGGCGGUGGUGUAUGAGUUAGCUCGUACUGGCGUGAUUCUUGGGACUCUUGAUAAGGAGAGAGGGGAAUUGCUGGAUAUUCAUCCGAUUGAGAGUCAUCUGAGUGAGGAUCUGGACCAAAUGCUCAGAGGAACGCUAACAGCCGAAAUCGAUGAAAGACCACUAUCCGGAGAGCUUUAUCUCAAGCUUAAAGAUGCUUAUGAGGAUAGAGUAGGUUUAAUGUACAGAAAAUUGCCCGACUGGGCGGGAGAAGAGAUUUUACAGCAUACAUUUGAUGAGAACCGACUGAGGAAUCUAGAUGAAGGAGCACUCGAGAUUGAACUCGCGGAGAAGCAAAACGCAGAUGCGAUCAAGAAAAUCGAAAACGAUAUGAUGGAAGCAUGGAUAGAGGCGCACAAUACAGAUGAGCUAGAGAAGCUUGAUGAAGAGGGAGUUGUGGCAGAUAUGAAAAUUCAGUUCCAUGAGCAGGCAGUGCGAGAAGUAGAAGAGAGACGGAUAAAAGCUUUAGCUGAAGCUGCAGUCAGAGCCGAGAAAAAAUAG